AUGGAAGGAGGAGCUGCUGCUGCCGUUGAAGUUCUAGUUCAAAACCUCAUCGACCUUUCCAAGAAAGAGAUCUCUCAAAUCCGAGGUCUCGACAAAGAUGCAGCAAAGCUAGCUGGGAGUCUCGACGUGAUCAAAAAUUUCUUGAAGGAUGCCGAGACGCGUGACAUCACCAGCGAUGCUGUCAAGAGCUGGUUGAAGAAGCUUGAAAACGAGGCGUUCGAUGCUGACAAUGUUUUGGAUGAACUCAACUAUCAUAUUCUCUCCAAAAAAAUUAAGGCCACCAAACCCAUGACGGCGAAGGUACUAUCAUGCUUCUCAUCAUCCUUCAAUUCUAUUGCUCGUCCGAGAAAUAUGGCUGUUAAAAUCCAAGAAAUCAAUGAGAAUUUGGAGUCUAUUAAGAAAGAGGCCACUGAGCUUGGCCUCGUAGCGAAGCUUGAAAAUGAGCCCACCUGGGUUAAUACUUCUAUUUUUGAAACUGAUUCAUUCACUCUCGAUCCAAUUUUUAUUGGAAGAGAAGAUGUUACGUCGAAAAUAGUUGAGAUGCUUAUAAAUGGCAUCACAACUGAUGAACGUGCAGUUUCCAUCCUUCCAAUUGUCGGGAUGGGGGGAUUGGGGAAGACGACAUUGACUAGGAAAGUCUUCAAUCGUCUGAAGGAUGAGAGUCGGUUUGGAUCGCAUUUGUGGGUGCAUGUUUCCCCAAAUUUUGAUGCAAUAACUCUUUUCAAGAAAAUUCUCAAUAACUUGACAUCUUGUCAAGUUGAAAUUGCGAGCAGGGAAGAUAUUCUUGCAAAGCUUAAAGAAGCUUUGAAAGAUAAAACUUAUCUUCUUGUGCUUGAUGAUGUAUGGAACCAAGAUGGUUUGAAAUGGGAAGAUUUUAUGAAUUCUUUUUCGGGAGUUAGUUGUGUCAAGGGAAAUGCCAUCGUUGUUACUACCAGAAAUAUGGAGGUGGCUUCAAUUGUGAAUACACUUCAUAUACAUGAGUUGAAAGGCUUAUCGGAGGAAGAGUGUUGGUCAAUAAUAAGAGCAAAAACCUUUGGAAAAGAAGAUGUUCCGUCAGAAUUUAAGGCCAUUGGGAGAAAGAUUGCAAGAAGGUGCCAAGGUUUGCCAUUAGCUGCCAACAUAGUUGGGGGAGUGCUACGCAAUAAAUCCGAGGAGAAAUGGCGUUCAGUCGAGGAGAAAUGGCUUUCAGCCGAUGAAGGAGGAGAUAAUAUCACAAAUAUAUUGAGACUGAGCUUCGAUAAUUUGUCUUUGCCAUCACUUAAGAAGAGCUUCGCAUACUGUGCGAUGUUUCCUAAAGGCUCCGAAAUCAGGAAACCGGAACUGAUUGAUAUGUGGAUGGCAGAAGGUUUUCUUCAAGCUGAUGAAAGGGAUGACAUGGAGUCCGUGGGUGAAAAAUUUAUCAACGCUCUUCUGCACAACUCUUUACUGCAAGUUUUAUAUAGAGAUGAUAAAGGAAAUGUAGUAAGUUGUGGCAUGCACGAUCUUGUGCACGAUCUCGCUUAUUCUGUUUCAAGCUCCUCUAACAGUACAGGUGGUAGCAGCCGAGUUCGAUACAUGAUUCUCAGAUCCCACAAUCGUGGAGACGAAUCAAGUCGUAUCCCAAAAGAAAUGGCAAAGUCUUUGCGUACAUUACUAAUGACACCCAAAGCUGAUAUUUCUGAUAUCAACUUCUCAGACUUGGAAAGUUUGCAUGUUUUACGUCUUGAGUCUGGAUAUCAAGUUGAAAAGCUGCCAAGUUCGAUUCGGAAGUUGAUACAUUUGAGAGAUUUUGACAUUUCAAAGACAAGUAUUAAAGUUUUGCCGGAUUGGAUUGGUGAAUUCUUUCACUUGCAGACGUUGAGAGUAGACACAAGAUGUUUGGUGAGUAAACUGCCAUGUACGAUUAAGUACUUGAUUAACUUGAGGCAUCUUUAUAUUAAUGAGAAGGUAGAGUUGCCUAUGGGAAUUGGGAGAUUAACUUCUCUCCAAACGCUAAUGCACUUUCCAGUGGGCGAUGAGAAUGGCUGCAAAAUUGAAGAGCUCGGAAGUUUGAAUAAUCUUAAAGGAGAGGUAAGGAUUUGGAAACUCGAAAGGGUUCAUGACAAGGAAGAGGCUGGGAAAGCCAAUUUAUUCAAAAAGUCAAAAAUAUUGAAGUUGUAUUUGGAAUGGGGUGAUGACAGAGAAGGUGAAAGCUAUGAUGAGGAUGUAUUGGAAGGCCUUCAACCUCACUCAAAUCUGAGGGAGUUAAGGAUUCUGAGAUUCAAUGGGAAAAGAUUUCCAUCAUGGACUCAGAAGAUGUCAGUUCGAGAUGCGCCUCAAGGCUCUUGGGUGCUACUUAACAAGUUAAUGUCGUUAGAACUCUGGGACUGCGAUGAAUGUGAAGAGAUCCCAAUGUUGGGGCACUUGCCCAAUCUCAAGUCCCUUUGGUUGAAUGGAUUGAGAAAUUUGAAGUGUAUAAAUUCUUCAUUCUACGGAAUGGUGAACAAGGACACACGCAUUGUUUUUCCAGCUCUCGAGUGGUUGCGAUUGCAAGACAUGCCUAAGCUGGCAAAGUGGGCAGAAAUAGAAAUUUGGGAUGGAAGUGAAGUGGAGGUAUUUCCUCGCCUCCAACAUUUGGAAAUUAAGAAUUGCGAGCGAUUGAUGAAUGUUCCAAGUUUGGGGCAGUUGCCCAAUCUCAAGUCCCUUGAAUUAGAAGAAUUGAGCAAUUUGAAGUGUAUAAAUUCUUCAUUCUAUGGGAUGGUGAACAAGGACACACGCACUGUUUUUCCAGCUCUCGAAAAGCUCGUAUUGAAAGGCAUGCGUAAGCUGGCAGAGUGGGCAGAAAUAGAAAUUUGGGAUGGAAGUGAAGUGAAGCUAUUUCCUCGCCUCCAACAUUUGACAAUUAUUGGUUGCAAGCAAUUGAAGAGUGUUCCAAGUCAUGUCUCCUCAUGCCUUGAAGAAUUGUCAAUUAGGGAGAUCGGUGUGGAAUGUCUGCCAGCUGAUUGGUUAUUGAGUAACAGCGAGACUCUCUCUAUAUUGGAUAUAUUUAAAUGCCCGAAUUUGAGAGAAAUAUCAGAUAGGUGGGGAGAAGAAGAAUCAGAAGGAAGAAGCUUCACAAUCACAUCCCUCCCUAAAUUCCCUCGUCUAAGACAAUUGAUUAUUCAUGAUUGCCCGCAAUUGAAGAGUGUUCCAAGUCAUGUCUCGUCAUGCCUUCAACAUUUGUCAAUUUAUAAGAUCGGUGUGGAAUGUCUGCCAGCUGAUUGGUUAUUGAGUAACAGCGAGACUCUCUCUAAAUUGUUUAUAAGUGACUGCCCGAAUUUAAGAGAAAUAUCAGAUAGGUGGGGAGAAGAAGAAUCAGAAGGAAGAAGCUUCACAAUCACAUCCCUCCCUAUAUUCCCUCGUCUAAAAUAUUUGACAAUUCGAGGCGUUCCUAAUUUAAGUUUGGAGACUGUGGAUGCAAUGCGGCGCCUCGACGUUGAUGGCCACAAAUUCAUUACCCGGUGGCGGUGA